AUGCCGCUACACAGAUAUACACACGCAAUAUUAUGUCGAAUACCAAAUGCAAUAGAAAGCAAGGGCGAGGUCAUUGUUGAGGAAGCUAGAAAUCAACAUUUAGCACUUGCACAACUUUUACGAGAACUUGGAAUUGAUGUUGUUGAAAUGCCAGCUGAUGAAUCUGCACCUUUUUGUGGAUUUGUUGAGGAUAUUGCUGUAUUAUGCAAUGGUAUUGCUUUAAUUGCCCAUCCUAUUGAUUCUACUCGAAUAAAAGAAGUUGAAACUAUUAGAGCAGUAUUGAAAAAAGAACUUGAAAUUUCGCUUAUUGAAAUAGCUGAUACAAGUGCUCGACUGGAUGGAGGAGAUGUUUUAUUUACAGGUCGAGAAUAUUUUGUUGGACUUGGACAGUAUACAAAUGAAGCUGGAGCUAGAGCAGUUGCUGCUGCAUUUCCAGAGUAUCCUUGUGUUCCAAUAAAAGUUCCAGACAAUUAUCGACUUAAAGGAUUGGUGAGUAUGGCUGGUCCUGAUGUUAUGUGUGUUGGAGCCGGUAAAGAAUCACAACAAGUAUUAAAGAGAAUUGAAAGGGAAGCUACUUACACUUAUCAAACUCUGACAGUACCAGAAGAUGCAGCCGUAAAUGUUAUUUAUGUAAACGGUACUCUUAUUCAUCGUAGUCAAGAUGAAAUUCCACUGUCAUAUCAAGUUUUUGCUGAAAAAAUAGAAUUCCCGACUAAAUCACUUUGUGCAUCUGAAUUAUCUAAAGUCAGUUUAGGAUUAUCUUCUUGUUGUUUACUAGUACGUAAACCAAGACAUAUUCGUAGCCUUUAA